UUAUAUCUAAUGGAGAAACCACAUUGACUAAUGUAGGUUAGGUGUUUCUAAACAAUAUAUGUCUGUACAGGUAAUAACAGAGUGUCUUACCUUGAAACGCGUAAUGCAUUCCCCCGAUACCACUAUAUAAUUCUAGCACUCUCAUGAUUAAUGAUUCAUUUGAAAUUUCUUAAUUAUAGAUAUUCUGGCACGUAUGUUGUUAAUUGUCAAUAAACUCAUCUGCUCUAGUAUCGACGUGUUUUCAUCGUUCUUUGACAACUUUGUUUCAUACGUAUUGUCCGUUCAGUAAUGGAGGCUGGGCUACGUUUUGCGUCGCGCAAAAUUCUACGUGUGUGAUCUAACAUUACCUCGAAAAACUGUUUAUGGUACGAGAAAAAAAUGUAUAAGAAAAGUAAGUGUAAAUUUGCAAGUAACAGAGUAAUUAGUUAUUAAAACAAUGAUAAGAAUGCUCAAUGCGAAAACAAGAAGUCUAACCUGAACAAUGUGUUGACUUUUGGCUCUAUUUUGAUAAUUGUUUCGACGUUUACGAAGAUUUCAAUGCGCAAGGAUUCGCAUGAAAAAACCCCUAUGAUCCUAAUCGUAUUAACAAAGAUUGAUACUCUUCCUUAGCGAUAAAAGAUAGCGAAAAAUGAAUUUAUCGCAGGCCACCACCCAAAUGCGAUCGCAAUAUAAUUAAAAAAUGUUUCGAAGCCGAAGCUGGUUUGGAGGAGGGCUCUGGAAGCCCAAGAAUCCACACUCUUUGGAGCACCUCAAGUAUUUGUACAAUGUCCUAUCAAGGAAUCAGACUGUGUUUGAGAAUAAUAGAGGAUUAUUGGUAGAGAUUCUCCGUUCUAUAGCUGAAAUUUUAAUAUGGGGUGACCAAAAUGAUAGUAGUGUAUUCGAUUUCUUUUUGGAGAAAAACAUGCUUUCAUUCUUUUUACGAAUUAUGAAACAAAAAUGUGGAAGCUAUGUAUGUGUUCAAUUGCUACAGACACUGAAUAUAUUGUUUGAAAAUAUACGUAAUGAGACUUCCUUAUAUUACUUGCUCAGUAAUAAUCAUGUAAACAGUAUAAUAGUGCACAAAUUUGACUUCAGUGAUGAAGAGGUGAUGGCAUACUACAUCAGUUUUUUAAAGACCUUGAGCUUGAAGUUGAAUGCUCAUACUAUUCAUUUCUUUUAUAAUGAGGUAAACGAGGUACACGUGAUAAUUCUCUGUGUCUAUUUUUUCACUGUAGCUAAUCUCAUGUCCAUUAAUUUUAAUAGUGGCUGCCUGAGAUAUAUAUAUUUAUUCUUUUGAUCUAACAUUAAAAGCUUUAUAUAUGCCUAUAGUGUUUAAUCAGUUAAUAUUAUCUCCAUUAUUGUGAUCAUUGAUUCAUCUUCAUUUUUUAAGUUGCACUAAACACGUAUAAAAAAAGGAUAUUGUUUAAUUUGAUUUUGUUAUCAGCACCUAUACCGUCGAUGGCACUGCUAUACUGACAUGUAGCCAAAUAUGAGUUACGUCUCACGUCGUAAACGGUUAAAAUGGUUAUCCACCGCAGUCCGACAGUCCAAUAGUCAAUGACUAAUAUGUAUUGUACUUUUUUCUUAUUGAUUCCUAUUCUACGAUGUAUACAAAAAAUUUUAGACAGACGAGGAAUAAAUUCAAAUUUUCAGUGUUGUCAGAUCGUUUGUUGUAUUCUCCUGGAUCAAUAUUGCGAAUUAACAAUUGUCAUCAGUAAUGUAUAGAACAUCGCUUUAUUGGCAAUUAAAGAAUUCAUUUAAAUUAAUUAUUAUUGAUGUUAAAAUAGUCGACGGGCUUUAAUGUUUGUACUCGAUUAAAAAUAAGACGCGCAAUAAAUUAAUAAAAGGAUUAUUCAGGUACCAA